AUGGACAAGACCAACCUCGAUUUGAUGAACGACUGCGACAACUUCCCUUACUAUGAAACCGCACCACACCUCUACGAAGCCGCGCUCGACCGCCUCUACAGCCUGCAGAUCGCCGGCGAUGACGACUCGCUCCUGGGCCUCGUGCUGCCGGGCGUCGCCGAGGUCCUGCGCGGCUUGCCCACCUGGACCCUCAACGACGAUGAGCGUACCCUCACCCUGAACACCGGCUUCGACGAGCCCUCGCGCACCGCCGUCAUCGCUGCCACCACCCGCGCCAUGCGCGAGACCGGCCACUUCCAGAUCCUGUCCGGCUGGCGCGACGAGCUGUACCCCGUUUACGGUCGCAACGGAGCCCUGCUGUUCAAGAUCGAGCGCAGUGCUAGCCCGCUCUUCGGCAUUGUCAGCUAUGGCAUCCAUAUGAUCUGCUACACCCGCAGCAAGUCCAAGUCUGAGGAUGGAACCGUCGGUGAAGAGCUCAACUUCUGGGUCCCGCGCCGGGCGAAGUCAAAGCAGACGUAUGGCGGUAUGCUGGAUAACACCGUUGCUGGCGGGCUGGCGGCUGGGGAGCUGCCCAGGGAGGCGCUGGUCAGGGAAGCUGAGGAGGAGGCGUCGCUGCCUGCAGAGCUGGUUGAAGCGAAGGCGAAGGCAGUCGGCACGGUUUCGUAUUUCCACGUUCGCGACGAACGCGCCGGUGGAGAGACGGGUCUGCUGCAGCCCGAGGCGCAGUAUGUAUACGAUUUGGAGCUGCCAGACGACGUCAUACCGAAGCCGAACGACAACGAGGUGGAGGGCUUCGCGCUUCUCUCGCUCGAAGAAGUCAGGGCGAAUCUCAGGAGGGGCGAGUUCAAGCCGAACUGCGCUGUGGUGACGCUGGAUUUCCUCAUCAGACACGGCAUUUUGACGCCGGAAAACGAGCCGGAUUACUUGGAAAUCUGCUCGAGAUUGCACCGCCGCUUCGAGUUUCCGACUGUUAGAGUGCAUGGCUUGAAAUAG